AUGAAUCAUUACCCGUCGCAGCCAUCUGAGGUCUCAGGUUAUUAUUAUGAGGCUGGUACGAGUCAACAUCACACCAAUGGCCAGUCUCAUGCGCAAGAUGAACUGUACGAUACAUUCGAUCAAUUGGAACAAAAGGCACAUCAGCAAGCUGCCAAUCUCGAUCUGCAAGCUAUUCAAUCAGUGGAUCAAAGUCCAUUUGCACCAAGAGUCCAUGCACCUUUCACAGGCACAACACAUUCUGUUGCUGCGGCUUCUGUAGGCCGGCUUCGAACUAGCAGAAGUCAUGGUGGCCAGGGGUUUGGUCAAGAGCGCCGUACUGUUAGGAGCCCCGCCACGGAAUCUGAUUCUACCUAUGUUUCACUUCAUGCCACGAGUGGUCAGGCGGGUGCGCCCUUCCCAGCAUUCGCACCGCGCGAGCCGCCCAUCCAGUCCGAAGAUGGCGGUGUUACUCAGCGGAACUUCGGUCCCGGAAGUAUAGUGUCGGAACCGACUAUAACAGCUCACUGUGGACUACAAGGCCGGAGAUCGAGACGUGGACGCAGCGGACUGCUGCAGUCUCCUUGUGAUAUAUGUCAGAAGCCCUUACGUAAUCCUUCAGAUGCGCAGAUUGGAGAUGCCACGAGCCGAACUGCACACGGCGAGAUGGCUUCGGCACCAAGAAUGACCUUGAACGUCAUAUAA